AUGGUGGCUGGGGAAACCGGCAGCACGGUCGCCGGUGGAGGGAUGGACGCAGAUGGUGGCAGUGCUGUCGUACGUAUCAUUCAGCAGGAGCAGAACACGGGCGCAGAAGAUGGCCUAGAGAAAAUUCCACUCGAGGGGGUGAUAGUUGAUAAUGAAGUUGCUGAUGCUCCCAUUCCUAGUUGCUUUUAUCAACCAUCAGCAGUAGUGCCCAAAUUAGGGCAAUUAUUCAAGGAAGACACGGAUGGGUUUGCAUUUUAUAAUCUUUAUGCUGGAUUCCAUGGUUUCGGUAUUAGGCAUCACAAGAAAAGAGAUAGGAAUGGAGGUGUGAAAAGCAUGCAAGAGUACUGCUGUGUACGCCAGGGGAUAGACAAAAGUACGAAAGGUGCAUCAACUAGGAUUGGUUGCAAAGCUAUGAUUAGGCUUAACCGUUUUUCAGAGAGGCAACAAUGGAUGAGUAUCGUGCAAGGUUUGGUAGACAAUGAGAUGCCUCCGACGGGCAUGUACGGAUUGCUUUCAGGAAUGCAUGGAGGCCCUGGUUUGGCGCCUUUUACAAGAAGGGUGGUGAACAGAUUGGCCUAUUCUAUUCGGAGAGAUGAUUGUGCGGAUGAUAUUGAGAAAACAUUGGAGUACUUUCAAGAGCUGCAGAGUCGGAGCAAGAACUUGUAUUACACCAUGCAGACAGAUGGGGCUGGUAGGAUUAAAAAUCUAUUUUGGUCGCAUGCACUGUCGAGACUUAGUUUUGAGCACUUUGGUGAUGUUGUUACGUUUGAUACAACAUAUCAGACAAAUAUGUAUAACAUGCCUCUUGGUGUUUUUGUUGGGGUGAAUAAUCAUUGCCAAACUGUAGUAUUUGGUUGUGCAAUGAUGAGAGAGGAAACAGUGGAAUCUUUCAAAUGGUUGUUCCGCGCUUUUAGUAAGGCGAUGCAUUGGAAGAAACCAGCGGCAAUUCUCACAGAUAACUGCUAUCAGAUGGAAGCGGCGAUCAAAGCUGUGUGGCCUGGUGUGUAUCACAGAGUUUGCAAGUGGCAUAUUUUGAAGAACGCUAAAGAGAACCUUGGAAACAUAUAUAGCAAGAGGAGCACAUUCAAGGAUGAGUUUCAUAGAGUUCUGAAUGAACCGCAGACAAUAGACGAGUUUGAAAAAGCAUGGACUGAUUUAAUCAAGAGGUAUAAUCUAGAGGAGAGUGUGUACUUGAAACGGAUGUGGGAUAUUAAGGAGAAGUGGGCUCCUGUUUACUUCAAGUCUUAUUUUUUUGCUAAAAUGUCGACCACUCAGAGAAGUGAGAGCAUGAAUCAUGUUCUGAAGAAGUAUGUGAGGCCAUCUUCCCCAAUGAAUGUGCUUGUUAGAAAGUAUGAAAGUUUCUUUUAUGACAGAAUUCAGGAGGAAGACGCGGAGGAGUUUCACACAUCUGAUGACAAGGUGAUUACAGCAACGAAGUCGCCUUUGGAAAAACAUGUUGCACGUGUUUACACAAGAGGUGCUUACAAAAAGUUCAAGGAACAAUUUGUGUGGAGUGUCUCGUAUGAUAUAAGACCAUCGAUGGAUGAACAUCAUUUUAUGGUGAUACAUAUGGGCGAAGAAAAGGAUAGCUGGGGCAGGAAAGAGUAUGAUGUGUAUGCAACUAUCGGUGAGAGAGAUUUUUCUUGUGUCUGCAAACUGUUUGAGCACUUGGGAAUACUAUGCCGGCACAUAUUGAAGGUUAUGGUGCAGUUCGGGUUCAGGGAGAUACCAGAACAGUACGUGAAGAAGAGGUGGACUAGAAGUGCUAGAGAUUCCAUCCCAGAACACCUAAAAGAGUACGUAAAUGAUAAUGAAGCUGCUGCGUCGAGGACUUAUCGACAUGACCUGAUGUAUCAGACGGCACUCGAUAUGGUUAGGCUCGGUGAUACGAACACAGAGUCGUAUCGGAAGACUAUGGAUGUCAUGUGCAAGCACAUUAGUGAUUUGAAAAUACUGGCUGCCACAGAAGAAACAAGCACCAAGGAGAGUAGAAAGAGUGAAAGAUUAUCAGGGAAGAUAGUUGCUGCUGAUGUGAUGAGUGAGUUCGACGAGGACCUGCUGAACGAUAACUUUGUAGAUGACUUUGAGGCACAAGAAGGUGCUGGUGAAGAAUCGUUUGAUGAGGAAAUAGAAGGUCAGGAGUUUGUAGAAACUCCAUUUGGAUGUGACAUACUUCCUCCAGAAUUUAGAAGAGGGAGGGGACGACCUAAAGUCCGAAGGUUCAAGUCAAAGGCAGAAAUGGCGUCUCGGCAUGGUAAGAAAAGCGGACACGUAUCCCAAAUGAAAAAUGUUGAAACUGGGAGUAGUUCUGCGGGGGCUAGACCGAUGCAAAUUAGGUAUUGUGGCAGCUGUGGUCAGCAAGGACACAAUAAAAGUACGUGUGGCCGUGAUUCGACUUACAAGAGAAAGUAG